AUGGCCAGCCCGCCUCCGCCUCCGCCCCCGUCCUCCGACGACCCCGUCGCCAUCGUAACUGGCGCCACGCCCAGCCCAGCCCAGCUCCAUCCCCACCCCAAUCCCCUCCUCCCCUCCUCUCCUCCCCACCCCAAUCCCCUCCCCUCCUCCCCUCCUCCCCUCCUCCCCCCCUACCCAACCAACCCCCAACUAACCCACCCCACCCCAAACCACCAGUCCGGCAUCGGCCUCGCCCUCGCCCGCACCCUCCUCACGCCCCGGCACGGGCACACCACCCACCGCGUCGCCCUCGUCGGGCGCCGGACCGACGUCGGGACCGCGCUCGCCCGCUCGCUCGACCCCAGCGGCGGGACGCGCGCGCGCUUCUUCGCCGCCGACGUGGCGUCGUACGCGUCGCAGGCGGCCAUGUUCCGGGCGGUGCGGGAAGCGUUCGGGCGGGUGGACGUGCUGGUGGCGAAUGCGGGGGAGACGGAUCGGGGGAGCGUGUAUGGGUUGCUGGAUGGGGAAGAGGAUGCCCAGGAGGGUGAGGAUGGUGGGGAGGUGGUGGUGCCGCCGGAGCCGGAUCUGGGGGCGACGGAUGUGUGUUAUAAGGGGGUUGUGUAUGGGGUUUUGUUGGCGGCGAGGUUCAUGCGGGGGAAUGAUGCGGGAGAAGGCGGGGUGAGGGGGCGGGUGGUGGUGACGGGGAGUGUGGGCGCGUUUCAUCCGCAUCCGGUGGUGCCAGAGUACUGCGGGGCGAAGGCGGCGGUGGUGGCGUUCGUGAGGGGCGUGGCGGGCGUGAUGUGGGCGAAGCACCGGGUCGUGGUCAACGUGGUGCAUCCGGGCUUGGUGAGCACGCCGAUUGUGCCCGAGGAGAUGAUUAGGGCGGUGCCCGAGGGGUGUCCUACCCCCAUGGAAACCGUCCUGGAGGGCUUCCGCAUAUACCUUGAGGAUGAGACGGGCCGGACGGGUGAGCAGAUGGAAGCGUCCGGCACGAACAUCGUCUACUAUGACCGCCCCGCCUACGCCAACGGCAUCGCCACUGAGGGGGCCACGACCGUGUGGGAGCCGUGGUUCGUCAUGGGCCACGGCGAGGAGUCGGGGCUGUCGGGUACGUAUCGAUAG